AUGGAGAGGAACGAACGGGUUUUGACCUUCCACAGUCCUAAAGUCCACAAAAUCAAGGGGAACCGGAAAUACCAGAGGCCUACUCUUCCCACCGAAAAUCUUCCGAACGCCUCGAUGCCUCCUCAGGAGAAGAAGCAGCGCAAGGAUCAGAUGUACUCCUACAUCCGGAUGCUCUGUGGCAGCCUCUGUGGCUAUGGCCUCCUGAUGUUCAUCCUUACGUCCCCACUGAACUGGGUACAGUUCCUGGUGACCAGCAAUGGCCUCGAGCUCUAUGCAGGACUCUGGACUUUAUGCCACCAUGAGCUGUGCUGGAGCCACAUACCCAAGCCACCCUUUUAUAUCCAAUAUUCCAGGACCUGCUUCAUCCUCUCCACCCUUCCCAUACUCAGAAGCCUUGGCUGGCUCUUUAGCUCUUGCUUUCCUAAAAGAGAAAACGUGAUCACCAACUUGGAUCUGAAGGUAUCCAUGCUCAGCUUCAUCUCAGCCACCUGCUUGUUCUUCGGCCUCUACCUGUUUCUGCAACAGGUUCAAUGGCAUACUAGGUACGCCAUGGACGCGGAUUUCCUAUGGCCCUAUUAUCUUAACUGGUUGAGUGACAUCUUAUACAUGUGUGCUGGGAUUCUCUCUUUUCUCAACUACUCAGUGUCCAGAUUUCAGGUCCCUGAUAAAAAUGUCACUGUGGUGCCAAGGGAAAUGCCAAGGCUGGGGAUUGGUCCAGUGACACCAGUACACUUGCUGGAGCUGAAGAGUCAUAGCCUGACCCGGAACCUGUAA